GAGCAGGGCGGUAACGGGGUUUUAUAAAGCAAAGGGAACCACUGAGUGCAGUCGAACCCGGUUCGCUUCGGCCGGUACCGCCCUGCUGAGGAGAACACCGAGCCGGUUCUGCUCCUGGCCCGAUGGCCCAGAGCCGGGAGCCGCGGCAGCCCACCAGGAAGCAGUGAACAGGCUCCGGACCCUCACCGAGGAUGGAACGGGCGAUGGAGCAGCUCAACGUACAGCUCAACCGGCUGACCCGCUCCCUCCGCCGGGCCAGGACCGUGGAACUCCCCGAAGACAACGAGACGGCAGUGUACACCCUGAUGCCGAUGGUGAUGGCUGACCAGCACAGGUCAGUGUCUGAACUGCUGCUCAACUCCAAGUUCGAUGUGAACUACGCCUUUGGACGGGUGAAGAGAAGUCUGCUGCACAUCGCUGCCAACUGUGGAUCAGUGGAGUGCCUGGUUCUGCUCCUGAAGAGAGGAGCCAACCCAAACUACCAGGACAUCUCGGGCUGCACGCCGCUGCACCUGGCCGCCAGGAACGGGCAGAAGAAGUGCAUGGGCAAACUGCUGGAGUACAACGCCGACGUCAACAUCUGCAACAACGAGGGACUGACUGCUAUCCACUGGCUGGCGGUGAACGGCCGGACGGAGCUGCUGCACGACCUGGUGCAGCACGUGUCCAACGUGGACGUGGAGGACGCCAUGGGCCAGACGGCGCUGCACGUGGCCUGCCAGAACGGACACAAGACGACGGUGUUGUGUCUUCUGGACAGCGGAGCCGACAUCAACCGGCCCAACGUCUCCGGGGCCACGCCCCUUUACUUCGCCUGCAGCCACGGCCAGAGGGACACGGCGCAGAUCCUGCUGUCCCGGGGGGCCAAGUACCUGGCCGACAAGAACGGCGUCACCCCUCUGGACCUGUGUGUGCAGGGGGGGUACGGAGAGACCUGCGAGAUCCUCAUCCAGCACCACGGCAGGCUGUUCCAGACUCUGGUCCAGAUGACCCAGAACGAAGACAUCAAGGAGAGCAUGCUCAGGCAGGUCCUGGAGCACGUCUCUCAGCAGAGUGAUAAUCACUACCAGAGGAUACUGACCAGCCUGGCUGAAGUGGCCACGACCAACGGACACAAGCUGCUCAGCCUGUCCAGCAGCUUCGAGGCUCAGAUGAAGAGUCUGCUGAGGAUCGUCCGGAUCUUCUGCCACGUGUUUCGCCUGGGGCCGUCGUCGCCCAACAACGGCAACGACAUGGGCUACAACGGCAACAAGACGCCGCGCAGCCAGGUCUUCAAGCGUUUCAGAAAGGCGGAGCUGUCCAGCGGCAGCCCUAAGUGUGAGGCCCGUGCAGACUGUCCGCGCUACAAGCCCCCCGACCCAGCAUGCAGCAGGCCAGUGCAGUGGAUGCUGGCUGGGACUGAUGCUCCUCUGGAGCUGCUGUGGCAUUCCCUGGAUGAGUGGCUGGUCCUCAUCUCCACCGAGCUGGACAGGACCCAGAAGAACCCGUCCUCCUCGUCCUCCAGCAGCGAGAUCGCCUCCCUGCUGCUGAAGCAGCGGGACUCGGAGCACUCCAAGCUGCCCUCGGUGCUGGACCAGGCCAUGGGCGUGGAGGUGGAGGUGUACCCCGACGGGGAGGACGUGAUCUCCAUGACGGCCAAUCGGCUGAGCGCCGUGAUCCAGGCCUUCUACAUGUGCUGCUCCUGCCAGAUGCCUCAAGGAAUGACGUCUCCCCGAUUCAUCGAGUUUGUCUGCAAGCAUGACGAGGUCCUCAAGUGUUUUGUGUCCAGGAAUCCUAAGAUCAUCUUUAACCACUUCCACUUCCUGCUGGAGUGUCCAGAGCUCAUGUCCCGCUUCAUGCACAUCAUUAAGGGCCAGCCCUUCAAGGACCGAUCCGAGUGGUUCUACGAGCAUCUACUGGCCGGGCAGCCCGACACUGACAUGGUUCACCGUCCGGUCAACGAGAACGACAUCCUGCUCAUCCACAGAGACUCCAUCUUCCGGAGCAGCUGUGAGAUGGUCUCCAAGUCCACCAACGAGAAGCUUAAGCAGGGCAUCGCCGUGCGUUUCCACGGCGAGGAGGGCAUGGGUCAGGGCGUGGUUCGGGAGUGGUUCGACAUCCUGUCCAAUGAGAUCAUCAACCCAGACUACGCUCUGUUCACGCAGUCGGCCGAUGGCACCACGUUCCAGCCCAACAGCAACUCCUCGGUCAAUCCGGACCACCUGAACUACUUCCGGUUUGCGGGUCAGAUCCUGGGCCUGGCUCUGUACCACCGGCAGCUGGUCAACAUCUACUUCACCCGCUCCUUCUACAAGCACAUCCUGGGGAUUCCAGUGAACUACCAGGACGUGUCCUCCAUCGACCCGGAGUACGCCAAGAACCUGCAGUGGAUCCUGGACAACGACAUCAGCGACCUGGGCCUGGAGCUCACCUUCUCCGUGGAGACCGACGUCUUCGGCGCCAUGGAGGAGGUUCCUCUGAAGCCGGGAGGGACGGGCAUCCUGGUGACUCAGGACAACAAGGCGGAGUACGUCCAGCUGGUGACCGAGCUGAGGAUGACUCGGGCCAUCCAGCCUCAGAUCAACGCCUUCCUGCAGGGCUUCCACACCUUCAUCCCUCCCUCGCUCAUCCAGCUCUUCGACGAAUACGAGCUGGAGCUGCUGCUGUCGGGCAUGCCGGAGAUCGACGUUCAGGACUGGUGCAGGAACACGGAGUACACCAGCGGCUACGACCCCCAGGACCCGGUCAUCCAGUGGUUCUGGGUGGUGGUGAACAGCCUGACUCAGGAGGAGCGGGUCCUGCUGCUGCAGUUCGUCACUGGGAGUUCCAGGGUCCCUCACGGGGGCUUCGCCUUCCUGAUGGGGGGCAGCGGGCUGCAGAAGUUCACCAUCGCGGCGGUGCCGUACACCUCCAACCUGCUGCCCACCUCCAGCACCUGCAUCAACAUGCUGAAGCUCCCAGAAUACCCCAGUCAGGAGGUGCUGCGGGACCGGCUGCUGGUGGCUCUGCACUGCGGGAGCUACGGCUACACCAUGGCGUGAGCGCCGGGCGCCGCUCUGGCUCCGCCCCCUCAGGUGCUGCUCUCGCCGGACGACCAAGGGAAAGCCGAGCUCUGCAGGCUCUCGGACCUCCGCCAGACUUUCAGGGUUUAGUUUUGUAGUCAAAGCUGGUUCAUCUGGUAAUUUAUGCAAAGACAUCUUUAUAAUUAUCUUUAAAUCUUUUUGUGUCUAUAUUUAUUUAAGGAUAAAUAGCAUUUACAACCACAAACCUACAUCCAAAUGCGAGCUGAGACAAAGUCCCACGUGGCUGAAUCACAGGAGCUCAGAGGACUGAGGGUCAGGAAGCUCUGCUGUUCCUCCAGAGUGAGCGGCGGCGGCCGUUUCACCGCCUCACCCUCCGCCAUGUCCGUCAUGUAGUUACAGAACUUCAGAAGCAGUGGAGCAGCCCCUCCCCAUGAUGCUGCCUCCACCGUGCCUGCCAGCCAGGCCUGCAGUGUUUCAUCCAGUCAUCCAUUCAUUCAUUCGUUGGUUGUGAAGUGUAGCUUGGUGGCGUUUGGCCUGGAUGGGACUCAGUGGAGUGAUCAGCGUGAAGCCUCGUCUUCAGGGCUGCAGACCUUCUGCUCUCACAUCAGACUGAUUCAGAGUCCAGACUCUCCUGAAGCUGGUGUGUGUUUCCAUCAGUGUUUCUGUGUCUUUCUUUUCUCGUCACGCUGCUCACGUGUCCAGAUCAUGCGUCAGUGACUGUAAAGAGACCGGAGCCUUUUGUUCAGCACUGCAGCCAAACUGAGCUGUGUGCGGCGACGCCGGGCGGGCGGGAGACGGCGCUCCGGCUCCAGGGUGGAGCGGUGAGGCUGAGCCUCAGCAGGCUGUGCUCUCGCUCGCUGAACUGACUCUGCUGCUUUUUGCUGAUUUGUUAAGUUCGAAGUUAAUCAGACCAAAGACUGAACCAGACGCAGGAAGCUGAGCUGCUUCACUGCGGUGGCAGACAGGAAGUGGUCCUGGACUGGACCGGAGGCGUCUGCCUCAGGCCGACCGCCAGAGGCAGUUUGGGCUUCAGUGUCUUGCUCAAGGACACUUUGACAGAUGGACAGGGUGAGAUGGGGAAUCAAACCAUCAAACCAACAACCUUCCAGUUGCGAGACGACCGCAGUCGCCACUCCAAUCAUCCAACAUGCUUUACAAGUUAGAUCACAUCUGUCUGUGCAGAUGUUGGCCUGGUCAGGUCCGGGUUUGGAACCUGCUCCGGUGCAGAUCCGGGUCUGAUCCCAGGAGAGAGCAGGAGCUCCGGAUCGGGUUCCUGCUGCGUUCCUGUGAGGUCUGGAUUCAGAGCCAGUAAAGGAAAACGCUCAGCUCGGACUCGCAGAACGAAAACUGCUGGUUUGAUUGAAGCUUUGGAGAAAUAUACAAAUAAAUCAAGAGUGCAACACAUUUCAGAGACGGAAGGCUCCACGCCAGCAUCGCUGUGAGCAGGGAAGCUUUGGACUGGCUACAUCAAAAGAACAGAAAAGCGGUGCUCAAUGAGAAGCCUCCCUGACCUCCCGGCCUCAGUCACGUCUUUCUCUGUAUCUGUGGAGUUUUUUUCCGUUUGCAUGACAAAUGUUUGAUUUAAAGUGCCAAAGAGCCGAAGCUGGAAUCUUCUGUCACUCCUUCUUUUAUUUGAUUAUCUUCUGCUGAGAGGGACGUCCUGUCCUGAAUGUAUCUGUUUCCGGGUGUAAAGGGAUCCUCUGCUGGCUUCGCUCAUUUAUCAGUAUUGUUUUGUAGACGACAUGAACCUUUAUACCUGUACUGUAAACGUCUCCGUAUCAAAUGAUGUAUUUUAUCUGGGAAUAUGUGUCGUGCUCAAAGACUUUCUGGAAUAAAUCUGGUUUUGAUACUG